UUUCUCUAUUCAAAUCACGCUUCAUUGAAAGAAAAGUGAAAACAUCAAAUGAAAACAUUUCGAAAACAAAACAAAAAUUACUUUCAAUCACGUAGUUCCGACAACAAACCAUAUUCGCAGUUGGAGACUUCAUGGCAAACACUCUUUCAAUCACACCCGCUCAUGAUACUUUUCGUUACGCACACCUAACUUAGUCACAAAAUUAAUGAAUCAAAGUUGCAAAAUAAAAAAUAUCUUACAUUGCCACAAACGUCCGAACCAUAUCACCAGCAAUGAACGAAAAAAAAUACCAAAAGUGAAAAAAAUUUAGUGCUAAAAUAUCAAUAAAAUUGUACGCCGCCAUACGAACCCCGCCAUGAAUCUGAAGAUUCAACUUUUAACUGCAUGUCUAUGGCUUAUAGUUCAAUCAGCUUCAACUGCCGACAAAUGGUCACGACAAUUAGAUGAAAUAGGCCCUGGAACAGAAACAUAUGACUGGAUACCAGUGGCGCAACCAGUCGAUGCGAAAGAACGCGCCGGACGUGUCAUAACUUAUCAACAAAAUUUUCCUCCUAAUGCUGCAUUUGGAGAAAUACAAAAACCCCAUCAUGUCUCCCCGGCACAACAACAAGUUCAACCAUUCGGGUUUCCCUUCCAUUUUCAAAGAUUCCCCCAACCCCAAACCCAGCAAUUGCAGCAUAACCAACCCCAACCACACCACCAGCAACCUAUUCAACAGCAAAAGUUAAAUCUUCCGCCACAGCAACCAACAUCACAAUCAUUUUUCAAAUUUGAAAUGCCCUUUAAUCGUGAUGGUAAUAGAAAUCAAGACAGUUCGCAAGGUGUUCAAACAGGCUAUCAAAUACAACACUCGAACUUUGGAGCCCCAGCGCAGUCUUUAUUCCAUUCACCAUUGUUUACUCAAAAGCAAGUAUUUCCUCCAGAAUUUCAUCCAGUGCCACGGCCUCAGAGUCUUCUUCAACAAGCCUCAAAACCAGUUCAGCAGAAUUUUAUUGACGAGCCAAUUAAACAAUCCUUCCGCGAGCCUAUCCCAACCCACAGCAGCGUAUCAUCAACUUCUGCUCCUCCAACUGCUUUUCCAUUUCAACAUAACUUCGAAUUACAAAAGCCGGCUUCAUUUCAAUCCCAAGCACCAUUCCAAGCAGCUCCAUUAUCGGCUCCAGCUCCGACUCCUGUGAAUACACAACAAGAUCAAGAAGUGCAGCUUUUAUAUGUUCCCUAUGAUACUCUGUACAAUCAACAAAGGAAUGAAAACUCCGCCUUCGAAAAUUCUAAAUUCAACCAAGAACCCAACGUACAACAGGUUAACCCCUAUCAAAUAAAUGACUUCUAUACUCCGGAAACUCUACAACCACAAGACCCUAACCGAUUCAUAGGUAGUACAACUUUAAGAACAACAACCACAACAUUAAAGCCUACUACACCAUUCCAAAACUAUUUCAACCAGCAAUUCACGACACCCAAACCAAAGCCUAAGGCUCAUCAACCACCCUUGGCUAUGUUUUUGCUUAAAUCAUCAUCUCGACCAACCCAAAGUGACGUGGUUAAUGCCUUGAGAAAUGCUAAAACUAUCGCAGUUUUAGACGCCCCAACAUCUCAAGCUCCAACUGUGUUUGUUGGCCCAGCGGGCAUGCAAACUCCAAACGGCUACGCCAAAUUUGAGCUACCCUACCUUUCACAAAUUGCACAAAAUAGUAAUAUUGGAGAUACAUCUUUCUUCGUAGCUCCUUUGAGCUAUCGUACACCUGCUGGUUUUAAUAAAAUAUUAUUGCCUGAACCUCAUGUUGGAUCAAUUGUUGUUAAUCGACAGAGAGAGACAUACAAUGAUGUAAGGGGAACAAAUCAGCCAGCUCCACAAUACUCGAGUCGACCAUCUCCAAUUCCCCAAAAUGAAAACUAUCCACAAUCACAGCCACAAUAUGAAAAUUACAACAACGCACGGGGCUCAAACAAGCCAUCUCUUCAACAAUCCGACCUUUAUAACAAUGAAAGACCCUCAAACCAACGAACACAACAGCCACUAAGGGAAAAUUACAAUAAUGUUCGAGGAUCAAACCAAUCACCAACCCAACAGCCUCAAAGAGAAAAUUACAACAACGUUAGAGGUUCAAAUCAGGGAUCUCCAAAUCAAAAUGUCUUUAUUACACCAUCUCAAAAUGAAAUUCAGCAGUUCCCCAGUACGACACAACGCAAUCGACCCGAAACUACGCAACGAAUCAAAGCCACCACAAUGAGAGAAUACUAUCCAGAAAUAGUUCGUGAUGUUCCCAAACCGGAAAGAAAUCGCUAUCCAUAUGAGGUCACAACCCAAAGACAACCUACGGCUCCCAGUCGAGGUCAUAAGUUCUCUGAAAUAUCUACUCAGAAAAACUAUUAUCAAGAAGCUAUUCAGGAAGUUACUUCUCCAAAGAUCUACAAACAGGAACGUAUCAAGCAAAAACGACCCGAUUCUCAAUAUUCAGACAACCCAAGACCUUAUGCAAAUUUCAAACCCAUUCCUAACAAUAUACCCGCUGAAGAUUUUUACAAAGUUCAGCCAAUAAAGACCAGCCCAACUACUACAAGCACAACGUCUACCACAACAACAACAACUUCUACGUCCCCUCCACGCACCUACUUUACCCAAACAUACCCAACUAGCCCUCAAAUCGACUUCCAAAGUACACGUGGUCAAGUCUAUCAUGGGCCUGAAGGCAAUACCGGUGGAGAUCGUUUCACCACGCGUCCCUCAAGUCAACAACAACAAGAACCUCAGCAAGUUUCUGACGAGGAAUAUCGUAUGAAACAGUAUUACCGCCAGCAAGAAGCUUUCCGUAACCGUCCUACCUACCCAUCUACGACUCCUUCAAGGCCAACAGUUGAAAGUGUUCCCUAUACACCGGUAUCAGUAGAUUACGACCGUGAAGUACGAAUCCCAUCUUCGACACCAAACUAUUAUACAACAACUACAACAACGCCUAGACCUGUGACACAACGGCAGAGGGUCACCUUCUACCAUCCAACAACAACACCAACGUAUGAAGAGAAUAGUAAUACAGUUCCCCCAAGUGAACCGGUCUUUGAGUUCUCUAGAGACCGAGAUGUUCAGACUACACCUCCUCAACAAGAGGAAAAAACACAAGUGCCCGAUAAUCACAGACCCACAUUUACUAAUUCAAAUCUCAAUAACAAUAACAACAACAACGAAAUUUCAACUCAAGACGGAUCUGAAGUAGAAUAUGAACCUAAUCCCUAUCAGUUACCAUCUGAACUGCCACCACUUACUCCAAAUCUUCCAGGACUUGUUAACGGACUUAUUGAUAAAGAGCGUCAAAAUGCUUCCGAGGGAGAAACAACUGUGCAAAUGGAAUCAACAACAAAACCCACUACACCAAUUCGACCAUCAAGAAGGCCAAUCAACAGAGUUAAGAAGCCAGUAGUCUCCAAAGUUUCACAAUCAGUUUCGUAUUCAAGUUCCGAUUACUCAACAAGACGUCCACUCAAUCGAACACGAAGGCCAUAUGCUGGAAGAAACUACACUACGUCAGCAACUUCAACAACUGAACGUUCCUCAACUACCAGAUCACCCCUAAUUCGUAACCCCAAUAGAAUAAGGUAUAAUCCAACACCUGAAGAACGCCAGUCUCUUCGAAUUAAAAACAGAAAGAAUGCAUCUGGCGGAAAAAAAGACGAUAACAGUGACGACCUAGAAUACCAACGGGAUGUCUUAAAACAGAAUUAUCCAGUUUUUAAGCCUGCAACUAGAAGAACAACAACAACUCCGGGUCCAAUAUCAACCGAUAGACCAGUUUCGGAAUCACAGCAAGUCUUCACUGUCACACCAAGUUCUGAGCAGAAUUACGACGGGCUGAUUGAGCCUAUGCAGAUAGCACAACAAUACCAGGAAUAUCCGCAGACCAAUUAUGGGCCGGGAUACUUUCCCAACGAAGAAGAUACUGUACCAACCGAAGCAGUUCUCAGAAAUGAAAUCAGUCCGAUAUAUUCAAGCACAACAACUACAGAAGAACCACAGGCAACAACACGAAGAACUCCAUUCAUCAGAAGAGGUCCAAGAAUAAGAACAACAACAGAGACACCAACAACAAAUGCUGCACCAACAACAGCUCCAAGUGAAGAACGAUACACAGUUCGAACAAGAGCUCCUCCAAGGAGAGUUGUAAAAGUUCGCGCUCGUACAAGACGCCCUCAUCCAGCAUCCUCUACAUCUACAGCUGCCCCUGAAGAGUCAGAAGACGAACCAGAACCAUCUAAAGGAAACAAUUUUAACAGACUUAAUCGAUUCAAUCAAGACCUCUAUCAGGAUGAAAUGGCCCAACGAAGACAGCGAAUCAAGUCACAAUUUCACUUAGAGCCCCAAGAAUCUCAGUGGUCUCCGUCUCUUUCUGGGAAGUCCAUAAACAACUUCCAGCCAUUAACCCAGAAGAAUGAGAAGCCAGUUCAAAAAACCUUUGAAAACGAACCAGAAAUUGUAACUGCCAAUCCAGACGCUGGAAAAUCAGAUUCCUAUGUCUUUAACGUAUCAGCUGGCUUCGGACCUACUGCAAAUACUCAUUUUAGUUCGAAAAUUGAAGAUGCAAAAUCUUCAAACAACUCAAAGAAAAGCGAGAAAUCUUUUGCUGACUUGCUUGAAGAAGUUAUGUCAGACAUUGGAAAGGUAUCAGAUGCCAAGUCAACCGAUUCUGCCUACUUUGAGUCACAAAAAAUGGAUACUCAUUUAAAUAGGAAAGCCAAAUGGAAGACCAAUAAUGCAAGUGCUGCAGAAAGUUUUGAGACCGCUGAGUCUCAAAAUAUAGGCACUCAGUUUUUCAACUCGCUUUACACCGGCAAAAUGGAGAAAUCUACAGCGUCUCACCCUGACGAAGUAGUUUCAACAACUUCCGCCAAGGUUGAGCCUAUAGCUACUACGACAAUUCCAACGGUAGUUGCAACUGAGCUCGAAUCGGAUAUGAUUACAAUCAAUCCAGAACCAGAGCCAGAAAUCAUGACAGAGUCUCUUGAAGAGUCCGAAGAACCACUUCCUACCACCUCACUUGAAAAUAUGCCUUUAGAUACCGAGCCUGAGAGUAUAACACGUCGUGUUGAUGACUUAUGGAAUGUCGAAGAUCUGGACACACAACCCAGUGUCUUUUCUGAAGUUCGAAAACAACUUAACGAGCUUUUUAAACCCGACGAAAAUGAAGACGAUGAGGAUGAAGAAAUCAAGGACUUUGUUCAACCACCUAAAUACGAAUACAAAAGCAUACACCGAGUUCGAACUACUUCCGAAAGCACACCCAUCAGUGAUGCGUCUGCAUUAACUGAAACACCACAAAAUGGCAACGCGAACGUUUUCCACAAAAAUCUAAUGGAAUCAGUGGUAUAUGCAACAUCUACAUCAACCAAAGAAGAAGCUCCAGAAACAGAAAUUUGCUAUAGGGGUCGCUGCAUACGAUCCGAAGAUCUACCUUCUAAUCACAAACUUCAUUAGAAGCUCAAAUCUAAGACUAAACAAUUUAAGAUUAAAGUGGUAGAGCUAUUUAUUCAAGAACUGUUACUACACAUUACCUUUAAAAAUCCGCAUCAUACUUUUAGUGGAGAAUAAUGCAAGAUUUUGAGAGCCUUUUUUAAAGGUUUUCUGUGUGCAUUUUUUCAAACUUGAAGAAAGUCAUUUAAUUUGUUUUAUUUUUUUUUUUACCGAAACUUCUAUCUGUUUUUAUUUCUAUUUUUUAGACUAAUUUAGAUAUUUAUAAACAUAAUAGUUUAUAGCGGUUUUAUUUCUGCUCAAGUAAUGUUAAAAAUUAUAAU